AUGCUGGCCCAAAACAAAACCCUCCAACAGAUAGACGAGAAACUAUCUACGGUUACCCACAAAGUUAUUCAGAUCAACGAAGUAUUUUCAAAAGUCGACACCGUCAUGACCAGACUUGUCUACAAAAUUUCUCAAGUACAUGAAGAACUACUACAGAUGGCCAAAUCUAAGAAAGUUCCCCAAGAAAUUUUUCUUGCAAAGGAAGCAGAGCUAAAGGGUCUCAAAAGCCAGUACGUCUCCAUGCAAACUCAAUCUAAAGACGGACUACCUCUUACUGCAGGUCUAGACUCCACACCAUGGAUGUUCUCAACAUUACCGAAAUCAGCUCAACCGUUAGCAUCUCCCCCAAAAAUGGGAGACCAGAUUCUUCGUCUAAAACGAAUCCUAGAUGAAGAAGACCAACUUAAACGAAAAAAGAAACAAGACAAUCAAGGCCAAUGCAGUACUCAACUCAUGAUCAACCUCAACGAGGAAAUAAGCAGUGAUGAUGAAAGUUCAGACGACGACGAGAUAUCAUCAUCACCCAGCCAAUCCGAUGAUUGGGAAACCGAUGACCAAAGUAGCAGUGAUGAGGAAGCAAUUCCACCGCAAUUCAUGACUACCAACCAUACAACUGCAGCCUCGGGAGUUGAACGAGAACAAAAUUUCGACCCUACAGAACCAAUAAUAGAAGAAGAAGAAGUGUCUUCCAAAGAGCGACAUAAAUCCACUAAACAUCAAUUUAGUGGAAAGCCCAACACAUUCAUGCUUGAUGAUCUUCCCCCAAAUCAAUGGAGAUCUCGCUUUCAAGAAUUCAGAGCAUGGACCCUUCUAGAAGCACAGAAACCAAGGGCAGAGAUACGAGAUAUAUUGCUACAAUUAGUAUCAAGAUUCACUGGGAUCUUACAAGAUUGGUGGCAAAGCCUUGGAGAAUAUAGACAGCUUCAAUUUUUACAAGCAUAUUCCAUUGAAGCAGCACUAAACCACUUGUACGUCGAAUUCUGUGGACAAGACUCCCAAGUGGUCGAACGUUUCCGAGGCGAGUUUUUUAAAAUGAAGUGUUGUUCAAUGAAAAAAGAAGAUUUAGAACUACACUUCCAGAGAAUGACUAAGCGCUUUUACUUAAUCGGUGGAGUCGACGACCCAAACCUUAAACAAGCAUUCUUGGCAUCUAUCCCAGAACCACUUGGAGAAGAAACAUUUCGACUCCUUUCUGCAAACAACAGGACGCUGCAAAACACAACUUUUGGAGAAUUAUUCCAAAUGGUGAUGAGAGCCCUAGACAAAAUGUGCUCUCAAAACAAAUUCUUACAAGAAUACAUGAAGCAAACAAAACAACUCGACAGAGCAUGCAAUCAAAAGGGUCUAACAAUCAAAUGUUCUACCAAAGACACAUGCUCGUGCUCAAAACAGAAGGAUGAAAAGAAGAAAAGCUUCAAGUACAGAUCCUCAAGGAGGAAAACCCCAUGGAAAUUCCUUCGAAAAAAGAAAAAUCCAGGAAAAACAUCAAACAGAUGUUUCUCAUGUGGAAAAAAGGGCCACUUUGCAAAAGAAUGUCCGAAAGGCAAAACUGCCAAGAUGAUAACGCACAUAGAAGAUGCCACUGGCGUAUCACUCUCUGAUAAUGACGUAGAAUCCAUCUUCUCCGUUGACGAUGAAAUCUCCCCAAAUACUAUGUGCGCAUUACAACUGAGUUCUGAUUCCGAUGAUGACAGAUACGGAGGGCUCUUCAGCAUGCAUGCGUUCCCCGCGGGCCAACCCAUCCCAAUUGCAAAAAUGCAUGUCAUCCCAACCAAAUACUCUCGGCCAAUAAAAGUAGCUGCAUUUUUUGAUAUGGGAGCAUCAUACACAAUUAUAAACCCAGACAUCCUACCCCCCGAAUUAUGGAAGAAAAAGAAACAAUAA